UAAAGUACGCGGGAAAAAAUGACUCGUGACCGGAGACACGCGCCCUCAGUUAAACUCAUCCGGUAACCGUUUCGAGAGCCGUAAGCGCGUGGAAUUUCGAAUUAAUCGAUAGCGUUGUGAUUCUACGUGUUUGUGGUGGGAAAAUAUCGUUUAUAAUGUAAAAUGUGUUAUAAUACUUAUAAUAGGAAUUAUUUGCCUAAGUUAUAACGUAUAUAUUCACAAGAAGAACGUAAACAAUGAAUCUGUUCGCGCGGUAUCAAUUGCACGCCGCGUGCUUUUAACGUACUUCGUUACAUAUCGGAGUGAUGCCUUGUAAUUAUUGAAAAAAUUGCGAAAUAAAUAAUAAUUUGAAAUCUAAUUAAAUCAAGCAAAGAUGCCUGCUGUAAGCAUAUGUGACCCUGUUGCGGCUACACUGUGUCGUUCUUUGGAGACUAGUCAGCCCAAAACAUCCGAAGAUUUAUCUUCAUGUUUGGUCAACAGUGCAUCUAGAAUUCUUCAGUCAGAAAUUCAAUACAAAGAAGUAGAUGAUUAUCAAACAACAAUUUUGGAUCAACUUAAAGCUAAAUAUAUUGUAUUGAGCUUACCAAAUUCUGACAAUUCUGACGAUAAAACAAAGGAUGGAAUAAAUUGUAUAAAAAGAAAUGAAAAAGCAAGUAAGGGACCCAGUUUGCCAGAACCAAGUGUUGUUUUAUAUCCUUCCAAGAAAGUUAGUCUAGGUUGGAAAGGCACAUUUCCAGUUGGAGCUGGCAUGUACAACGUUGGAAAUACUUGUUAUUUAAACAGCACUCUUCAAGCUCUGUUUCAUAUACCAGCACUCGUUAACUGGUUAUUAUCAGAUUCACAUCAUACAUCAAAGUGUGAACAAAAUGUUUUAGAUGGAGGUGGAGAGUGUCUUACAUGCGCAGUGGCAAAAACUUUACAAUUUAGUCAUCAAAAAUCAGGAUGUGCUAUUAAACCAUUUUACAUAUACAACAAGUUAAAGCUUAUUUGUCGAACCAUGGUGCCAGGACAGCAGGAGGAUGCACAUGAGUUUUUACGUUAUUUAUUGGAAGGCAUGGAAAAAGCUUAUUUAACAAGACAUAAAGCGAGCAAAUUAGACAGUUAUUCUAAAGAAACUACACCUAUUAAUCAAAUUUUUGGUGGCUAUAUCCGAACUGAAGUAAAAUGCCUACAGUGUCGGCAUGUUUCCACUACAUUUCAACAUUUUCAAGACUUAUUAGUAGACAUUCGUAAAGCAAGUACUUUAGAUGAAGCACUAACUAGUUACUUUAGUCGUGAACAACUAGAUAACAAUGACUAUAAAUGUGAAGCUUGUAAAAAAAGAGUUCCUGCUACAAAACAGUUUAGCUUAGAACGACCUCCCAAAGUGCUUUGUGUACAAUUAAAGAGAUUCAGCGUUCUAGGAGGAAAAAUAUCAAAACAUAUAGGAUUUAAGCAGUCUAUAGAUAUGGGCCCUUAUCUUUGGAGAGAACCUGGAGAACCCAUACAACCACUUACAUAUAAACUUAUGUCAAUAGUUACACAUAUGGGUCCAUCUGUAAAUUGCGGGCAUUACACAGCAGUUGCUAAAGUUUCAACAGGCCAAUAUUAUUCAUUUGAUGAUUCUUGUGUUCGUCCAAUUAGUUUAAGUAAUAUGUUGAGUACAAAUGCAUAUAUAAUGAUCUUUGAAAUGGAACAACAAACACCAUCUCAGGUUCAAACUCAGCAAACUGUAAAAUUAAAUGGUACAGUGACUGUAAACAAUACAAUAUCUUCGCCCGGAAGUCCAAAGAAUAAAACUGUAACCCCUAAACCGUCAACGUCUGGAAUAAUUUCACUAAAUGGGUCAAUCAAUGGUACAUUACUUAAUAAGGACAAUACGGGGCAUUCAGAAACAACUUCGCAAGUAUCAUUAAACAAGAGUACUAUGCUUCAAUUUACCUCACAAAAAAGCCCAAAUUUUAUUGGGCCACAGUUACCACAAAAAUUGCAAGAUAAAUCUCAACCAAGAUUAAUUAUGCAUAUUAAAAAUGGAAAAAUUUUAAAUGGAAAUAGUUUAGUUCCUUAUGAUGGAUCUAGUGAAGAAGAGGAUAUUAAUUCCAUUGUACCAUUAAAGAAUCAUACUAAUUCAAGCACUACACCAAAAACGAACACAUCUACUGGUACUACUAAUGGUACUUCCAAAAAUUCUGCAAUAAAAAAUAAUUUACCAAAAACAAUUCUUAGUUCAAAAGAAACACAGAAAUCUACAUCGAAAACAAAUGGUGGCAAUAAUAUAACUCAGAACCAAAAUACCAUAACACAAUGUAUGAAAACUCAAAAUGGUUCAAGUGUUAGUAUCAAUCCAAUAACGUAUCAAAACGGUAAAACAGAAGCAAAUGGUAAGACAGAGAGUAGUAGUACCAAUAAAAGUAAAUUGCAUCAAUCUGUUAGAACGAAAGUAACACAAGAGGAGAAGGUAGUUACAAAAGCUACAAAUAGUAGUAUGAAAGGUUGGCAAGUUUCAAAAGAUACAUUUUCUCCUACGUCUACUGCAGUACCCAACGGAUGGUCCGUGACUGAUAAAGAAGAUGUAAACAAGGCUAAUCAAAACAAUACCACACCUAGCGUUGCAGCGUUAAGAGAUUUUAAUGGAACAAAUCGUUCCGAAACACUUUCACAUUUAUUAAAGAUGUCCCAUCGUGGUUACGGCAGUUCUUCGGUUGUAAAUUGGAACGGUAACAGGACACAUUUAGAUAGAGAAGUUGACAAUGAUAGACGAGAAGAACGUAAACGUCACUUCAAUGCAGAUGACGAAGAAAUAGAUCGAGGUAGAGUAAAAAAAGUAAAAGAUCAUCGAAUAUAUGAAGACAGAAUCAAUACUGGGUAUAAUCCUUUUCAAGAGUAUCAAAAUAGCAAAACAUGGAACCGAUCUUCCGGUGGUUAUUACCGGAAACAUUAUUACGAUACUUCUACUCAUGCUCGACCACGGCAUGGUAGAAAUUAUAGGCCUCAACAUUAUAGAUAUCAUAAUCAUUCUCGCGGACAUUGGCAAAGAGGAUAAAAUAAAACAAUCUAAAUUAUUGAAAGAAAUAUUGAAAGCAAUUUGUUGUCGAAAGACAUCGUUAGUUUUGAAUUGCUAAAGCAGAUUAUAAUUUUUCAAUAUAUUUAAAUUGAAGUACGAAUGUGGUAGUACUGAUUUAGAUUAAUUUUGAAAGUUAUUCAACAUUCAUUAUAAAUAAAUCGCUAAACUGCAUCGCGGCAACUUUGCAUGUUCCUGACAGAGUCUUGAUGUACUCUAUCGUUGUCUUGUAGCUUACAUUAUGUCUAUGGACAUUAUACUACACAGUGCACGUGAGAAGAGUAUCAGCGGCUCUGCCAAUUUUGUGUUCAAAGUGAAGCAAGCAAAAUUUGUUAUAAAAUUGUGCUAUAAUAUGUGUAUUAUUAAUUUAGACUACGUAUAGUGUAUGUAUGGAUGCAAUGUUUAAACGUUACGUAAAUAACUUUUAAACUUUAAACAAUAUAUCACUUAGAGUUUACCAGCUCUUUAGAUAAAUUUUUUAUCGUUUAGUUAUAGUCGUAAAAUUAUGUUCUUGUUAUUUAAUUUACAUUAAAUAGUUAUCAAAUAAUUUAAUAUUCAUAUUGUACGAUA